AUGCCCGACUUUCAUGUUGCUCGUGGAACAAACCAGUUUGAUUCAAUGGAUCCCACUCGUGCAUCACUUGCAACCACAUUUCCUCAAAAAGCACAACAUGUUUUAGCUCAUCAUCAAAAUGCAGACGCCUACCAGCGAGUCAGCCCACACCACAUGCCGGCACAAACUUGUCUGCCAUAUCUGAGCUUUGGCCAGGAGCCGGUCUCUCCACAGCCGGCCGAGGCAGUCGACCAAUCAUCAGCGACUACCAACAUCAAAGUAGAUGAGAGCGUACGGAAAAUGACGUAUGCGGAGCUCAUUCACAUGGCAUUUCUAAGUAGAAAAACGACGAAAAUGGAACUCCGCGAACUCUAUGAGUGGUUUGAACGGAACACUACGAAAGCCAAUACGGAUAACAAAGGCUGGAAGAACAGUGUCCGCUCGAACCUCAGUCUAAACCAGGCCUUCCAACGACUGGACGGGAAAGGCUCGUGUUGGCGACUCAUCGAGACGGGCUUGGCGGGGGUUCAACCAACGCGCAAACCUCGAACGCCCCGAAGGAAAAAGGAGACGAACGUGUGUACGGCAGAGAGUAACAGCACGGCGCCACCCACGUCGAAUCUUUCCAACCCGUGCGUCGUUCCGCAGGAGGACAUUGCCGAGGUUCACAACGACCACCAUAGCCCUCAGAGUAAUGGCGACUUUACAAUCCCAGGGGGGAGCCGAGUCGCAGACGACCCCUUUUCCAACUAUCCGGUGCCGUAUCCUAUUGCUUCAACGCAAGAUGAUGCGGAUGAGCAUGAUCCUUUUUGGCCUUGGAGCUUGGACAGCAAAAGCUACGUUCACUGGCCCUACUGCAGCUACGUCCCUGGCGAUAUUGGACAGGCGUAA